CAGAUGGUCGGUCCAUGAACCUGCUCAAACCAUACCAAGUUUAAUGUGCUGGCUUUCAGUGUGUCAUGAAAUGUAGCUGAAAAUGACAUCACUCCAAGUCUAUGAUCUAAGUCCAAAACUUUAUUGCUAAAGGAUGUGGGUUUUUAAAUCCUAUAACUGUGAGCUCUGUGGGAGUGACUUUGUCAGCAGAACAGCUCUGAAGUAUCACUUUCGACAAAAGCAUCUUGGAGAAGUUCAUUGUGAAGAAUGUGGCCAAGAGGCCCUGAGGGAGAUACUCCAUGAUCACAGUAAGAAGUCUGCACAUGACAGGUCAUCCACGGAAAUACAUAAGCUAAACUGGGAAUGCCUAGAAGAAAGAGAUAUAAUGCAUAUGGCUACAGAAACAUCAAAGACCUGUAGAAUGUGUUCUCAAUACUUUGGAACAGCCCUCCGAGAGAAACAUGAUAUGCAAGAGCAUCACUUCACAGCCAAUAAAAGAGCCCAAACAUCUGCAGGAUUUUCACCUCAUAAUAUGCUGGAGUGUAAAAGUCCCCAAGAGCUAAAGAAGUUUUUAGAUGAAAAUAUCCUCCCUGCCUCAGGUUCUCUGAGUGCUGCUUGCAUGGGUGAAAUUGGUGUUCUGCUCCGGCUGAUCCAGAGUUGUUUUCCAGUGCCAACCUCCAGAAUGAUCCAGGGAGGUUCUUAUAUAAAGGGCACUGACACCAGAGGAUGCUCUGAGAUUGCCAUAGUGCUACUCAGUGACGCAUUUGCCAAUGUGAACAACUGUAAGAAACAACUGAGGGAAGCGUUGGAUGCUCUGAGAGAAAACUUGAAGCAAACUCCACAUGGAAAUAGGAUCCUAAUGGGAAAGAAAGCACCAUUGUCUUUAAGAUUCAAUUUUUUAUGUACUGAGAGUCUUCACAGUCAUUCUGUUGAAAUCAUGGCCUACUAUGAUGUUCUGGGACCUACACCCUCCACAGACUUAAAACUUCGUCUCUACGGCAAACUGUACCACUGUGCUGACAGUGAGGAGGCACAGCUGUGUGCCCUUGCCCUCCUCCCCUACCAAGUGGAUUUUGUCAAGACAUCUAUCAAAAGAGUGAAGGAGCUCAUUCGCUUAAUGAUACAUUGGCUUCAGACGUCCUUUGCCUACCCCACUAAGGAAAAUAAAUUUCGGAGACUCCCAUCGUCUUAUACCAUGGAACUUCUCACAAUUCAUGUAUGGGAACUGGCCGGGAAGCCCUUGUUCUUCAGCCUGCUGCAAGGAAUGAAGGCAGUCCUCGAGCUUCUGGUUCGAUACGCAGACAUUGAUGUUGUUUGGCACAGUCACUAUCAUCCGAAGUUCCCAAUUUUUGUAAAGGUUAAUCAGAAACAUACAAGGCCAUUCAUUUUAGAUCCCGUAAAUCCCACUGUCAACGUGUGUGAUACCUGCAAUGCCUGGGAUGAGGUCGCUCAUGUGUCAAGAUGCAGCCUGAGGAAGCCUCUUUUCCGUGGAGUGACAGUGAAGUCCCCCUGGCUUUUCACAAACAAAUGGUAGAUUAGGCAGGAGGCACUGCCCUUGGAUUUCCAUGAAGAAAAUAAAAGGACACAAAAUGUGUCCAAUAAUGUAGUUGAGGACAGUAUGAAUGAAA